AGAUGUUUCUCGUUAGUAAAGCCAUUUUCGACGACAGAGCCGAGUACCGACUGCCUAUCUUGCUCGCACUCGUGCAUGCAGCAGCGCUAGCUACAUUCAUGAAAUUGGAUGGGAAACUACAUAGUGUGACGACACGAAAAGCUCCUGAAAGAUAUCUUGCUCCAAGCAAGAGUGAGAUAUAGGUUUACAAAUUAACUAUUCUUCCUGGAAUCUGACGGCUAUCAUCGCGAUCCUGUUAGACUGCAUUGCUGGAUCGAUCAAAAUGACGGAGAUAUUACCUGAGGAAUUGACCAAGUCGAGUUUUCGACAAAAAAUAUGGGACUAUAUGACAAAGAACGAAUUAGUAAACUUUCCUGUUAACAUAUACAAACGUAUCCCAAACUUCAAAGGUGCUGCGGAAGCAGCACAGCGAUUGGCAGAAUUAGAUGAAUUUAAGAAGGCCAAAAUCAUAAAGAUAAAUCCAGACAAGCCACAAGAGCCAGUACGUCUUUUAGCUCUAGAAGCUAACAAGGAAAUCAUCGUACCUAUUCCUAGAUUGAGAUCUGGCCUGUUUCUGCAUGUUACACCGGUUGCUGGAGCAACAAAGGAGCAACUUAAGAUACUAGCUUCCAUGCCUAGAUUGACGUUUGUUCGUGGCCUAGAACAAACCGGUAAACCACUUGGACUCGAUUCUCAUAUUAAAGUAGAUCUCGUUGUGCUGGGAUCUGUAUGUGUCAGCCGAGAUGGAUACAGGCUUGGCAAAGGAGAAGGUUUUGCAGAUCUUGAGUUUGCAAUGAUGAUGAGAAUGGGUACAAUAACAAAAAACACAAUUGUCAUCACGACUGUGCAUGAUUGCCAAAUUGUAGAUUAUUUACCGCCACAAUUGUUCAAAGAUUAUGAUGUACCAGUGGAUAUAAUUGUUACGCCAACGCAAACUAUAUUUGUAGAGCCCAGACUGAAGAAACCGUCUGGAAUUCUGUGGCACAUGCUUAGCGAAAGAAGGGUCAAAACCAUGCAGGUAUUACAGCAGCUCAAAGAGAUGGAUGAGAAAGAUGGCAAGAUCGUGGUCUUGAAAGAAGUUGAUUCUGACGUGGACACACGUCAUUACGUUAAAAAUCGUAUUAAAUAUCCGAGAAGCAAGAAGCGUUUUAACACAAAGAAAGAUGUAGAAAACUCCACUGCGGAGAAUGGCAAGGACAAAAUUGAUAAACCACGUUUCUCACGAAAACGAAUAUAUAAGAAGGUGGAAGCUGAGGAAGAAAAUAAUCCUAAUGCUGAAAUACAAAUAACAAAAGUGGAAAAUAACUCGAAAAGCGCACCUCGACGACGUAAAAAUUUUCGUAAAACGCAUAUCGACUUUUCCUUAAAACUCUCGAACAUCUCAUCCGGUGUAAGAGUUCGUGAUUUAAAGAACGCUCUCUUGGAGCGUGGCGUUAAGCCGAGCGAGAUAAGCUGGCGGGGUCGAGGUAUCUGUUACCUUCACUUCAGCAAACUCAGGAGUGAGACUGCGCUGCUAGAUCAGUCUCAAGUAGAUUCGAUAGUGGCGAAUUUGCAGCAGCUCCGAAUCGGUGAGUCCGCAAAUGAUGAGGAGAAUUUCAUAGUUGUAGAGCCCGAUUUCCGAAAACCGAUUUCCAGAAUCGAGGUAACCGAUGUGACGACCGUAUAAACAAUUAUUGCAAACUAUAUCGGACUCGUAAUUACGUUUCUUAGAUGGUUGCAUCCCUUUGCCGUUAAAUAUAUGGAUGUAUACCUCCUAAAGCUAAUUCUUUUAUAAGAGUUUGUCAUACAUAUAUAUAUGUAUAUGUAUAUAUGUAUAUAUAUGUAUGUAUAGAUGUUUCAGACAAUGCGCACUUUCCGUCUACUAUGAAUUCUUUAAUAAAUUUCGAGAUUUUUUGACAAAUAUUGAAUUAGAAAUUAUGAUCAUUUUUUAAUUUUUAUAUCUUUACAUAUUUGACUACAAAGAAAAGUCAAUUUUGAUUGUACCAAAUUAAAUGGAUUAAAUAAUAUUGGAUGCAAAUUUAAAUUUUUGCUCAAAAGAUUGAUCAAAAAGCUGAAAGAAAUUGCGCAAUCUCUGGAAUAUAUUGCAAUUUUUUUUACAGAUGCUAGUUUAAAUGCUUUAAUCAUACGCAUGAUGUACGAUAACCAUACAUUUUCUUUUUGAUAGUUAUUUUACAUGUUACUGUUACUUCGCUUAGAUCUAUAUAUUGGAGUUGUACUUGCAAAUUAGCCCGAAAUAACGUGUCAAUAACGAUGAUCUGAGUUUGCUUCAAACCGAGAUGUGAUAUAUGGUGCAGUACGAAUAUUAAUAUUAAUAGUUGUUACAAUUAACACAGGUAUACCACGUAUUUUUGGCUAAUAAUUUUAUUUAUACUACUUUCGUAUUUAUAAGCCGUUACGAGAAAAUAUCGAACAAUUUUCCAAAAAAUUUGUCGCAAAACGCGCAUAAAUAAUCUGUGAUCAAAAAAUAUUUAAGAGUAAAAUAGCUGUUCCGUGAACAGGUACAACAUAGCAGACCCAAGAUUGCUCGAUAAAUUAAAAUAAUAAAAAAAAAAUAACUGUUGAGAUUCUUUCAAAACAUUGGCGAAUACAGUACAUUUGUUUUAUGUAAAAAUAUUUUUUUAAUUAAUCUUUUUUAAUCUCUCGAUAAAAUAUUUCUUGAUUAAUUUUCGACGCGAAUUAAGAUAUGUAAUUCAAGAUUAGUACAAAGUAACACGCUACAAAUAUUGAUUGCUGUUGUAUUUCUUCACGGAGCAGCAGAAAUUAAUCGUUCUUGAUGAUUUUUUCCAUUUUCUGCCAAAAAAAAAAUGUGAAUUGAGAUAUAUGUAAUCGAUGUGAGUAGAGUGCAUAUCUGCGAUAACAAUUCGGUAACAAUUAUCUAACAUUAUAGACUGACAAUAGUUUAAGUGUCAUUUACAAAGGGCAUCCGAGAAAUAAGUGAGAGAUGAGUUGUGUCAACGUGUCUUCUUCGUGUGAACAAUGAGGAAGAAUACUCUAUUUUUCUGAAUACAUAUAUAUUCUCGUGAAAGAAGAUAUAGAUACGAAUAAUAUAUUUUUAUGCUAUAGCCGCUUUAAAGGCGUGUUGCGGUCUUCCAUGCGUCUUCAUUCGAAUGUGCAGGAGAGCGCAAUAGCCGUACUAACCGUGUCGGCCCGGCAAGCGGAAAAACGGCAAUACUUUGUGAUAUUAACAAAUAUGAUUUCUUGUUUCUAGACACGAUAGUGAUGAUCAUGUAGAAUUAUGGUGAUUACUUUUAAUGUAUGCGAAUCUUGCAUAUAUAAAGGAAAACUUUCUUUUUAUUAAA